AUGUGGUUAGUUGCGAAAAACAGUUCCCUGCUGUCACCUGAUCUGACGCUGAUCGUUUUACAUAUUGCCUUAAGAAAUUUAAGGGUAUUGGGGUCCGUCGGGCCGAGAACCUCGAUACAUAUUGGCAAGAAUUCAAUUGAGGGGAGGGCGUUCCCAUAUUUUUUCAUUUUCUCGUCCGCUGCCCUGGCCGCGGCCAAACCGCAUUCUUUACUUGUCAGGUUUACAUAUCGUUCGGCAAGGGUGCCAGGGACCGUAACAUCCCACGCCAAACAUCUGCCGGCUCUCCAAGGUGCAUCCUUAGGAUUGAAUGCUAUAUUCAAUGGGGCUUAA